AAAGACCUAACACUGUCAGGCUUACUAAAUUGAUUAAUGGUAAGAGUUUUGGAAAGAUUCAUUAAUAGAAUGGUAUUUUAGGAACGAAAAUCCUGAAGUGUGAUGUUUAACAAGUAUAAUGAGUUUGGGAGUAUGACAAUCGAGACCAUCUACAUAUCGAACAGCGACUAAUCAUCCAUGCAGUGGCGUCGGAGCGGCAGUUUCCAAGUCUGUUGCAGUAUAGAGCGACAGGCGAGAGGGGUAUCGACGCUCCUCGUUGUAUUGUGCUGUUGUUUCGUUCCCUGGGAGAAAUACUCUUUUGUUUGUUUGAAGUUCCGGUAUAUCGAAAGAACAUCUUUUAUUACAUCUCUCUAGUAAAUAUUUGAUCAUAGAGAAUAGGAGGCGAUUGUCGGGAAGAUUUUUAAAAUAGUUGAUGUCUAGAUGUCUUUAAAUGAAAUUACUCAUUACGAGCCUAUCAUGCAAGGAUAACAAGGAGAUAGUGUAAGAGGCUUAGCAUUGUAUUCAAAGGUAUGACGUGUUGGAAAGCAGGGUUCAUAAUGCAGGACAAAGAACCCCACUGAAGUGCCCACAAAAUGACAUGAACCGAGAUUAAAGAAGCAGAGCUGAGAAUAAGGCUUGAUCGCGUCGGGUGUCCAUUCUCUCGGCAAGCAUGGACUUUCCGUAUAGCAUCGGGAUCCACAACAUCGGUCGGAACGGCGCGGUCAUCGUCGAAGACAUCGGCAUCAACAUUUCGAAAAAGCCUACGGCGACUUCGUCCCACUUUAUCUUACCAAUGACCCAGAGUGUGGUCAUCGUAAUCUUGUGUACUAUUAUGAUUGUCAUAACAGUCGCGGGCAACAGUAUAGUCAUCGUCGCCUUCGCCUUGGACAGACACUUGAGACAGUUUAGCAAUUUCCUCAUCCUUAAUUUAGCAGUUACCGAUUUAGUCGUCGGGUUGUUUUGCAUUCCGCCUUACGUGCCUUAUCUGUUGACGGGACAUUGGCCUUUCGGGCGGGGCUUCUGUAUCUUUUGGCUCGUCAGCGAUUACGUGACACCACUAGCCUCGUCCUGGAGCGUCCUCAUGAUAAGUUUGGAUAGGUACCUAAGUGUGCGCUUCGCCUUAACUUACAAGGCAAAGCAGACGAGAAAUUUGAUGACUGUGUUCAUGCUGAUACCGUGGGUUGUGGGUAUUCUGGUCUACGGACCUGCUAUCAUAUUCUGGGAGCACUGGACUGGUAGUCGUUCCGCACAAUCAGGGGAAUGCUUCGUGGAGUUCAAAACACAUUUGCCUUAUUUACUCUUCGGUUCCGCCGUGGAGUUCAUCUUCCCCUUUAUCACAACGACGGCAGUCAACCUCCUCAUUUAUGAAAACAUCCGGAAACGCACGAGGAUGAAGGAAUCCAUGACACAACAACAUCGGGCUACCAUAGCGACGUUCUCAAACAACAAUCAACAUACUCACAUAGUUCUUCCGCCAGUGACGAGUAGCCAUGACAAAUACAGCUCAAAGAGGCUACAUAGAGAUAAGAAAACUGCGAAGGCUAUUGCGAUAAUCAUAGUAGUCUUCGGUAUUUGCUGGGGACCCUUCGAGGUCCUCUCGUUAAUUUCGUCCCUCUGUGCGAAUACUAUCAAUCCAGUUGUCUUUGAGGUUUCUUUUUGGCUGCUCUGGAUAAAUUCUACCUUAAAUCCCUUAUUAUAUCCCUUUACCCACAGACAGUUCAGGUUAGCCUUCUAUAAGUUAUUUUUUAAGAAAUGUGACAAGUUCAGACGAGUUGAGCCAGUUCAUUCCAUGAGUUUGACAGAGGAUCAUUCACGAUAUUCUCGCAUGACGUACAGUUAUAUGUGAGGAGUGUAACUAGUUUAUUUUUCAAAUGUAUUUUUAAAUCUUGAUGUCAAUAAAACCGAAUGAAUGUC